AUGCAUUUGCCUGAUGGUGAUUACAAAUAUAUUUUACAUGCCAUCGACCACUGGAGCAGAUUUAAUUUUGUUGCACCUCUAAAAAGCAAAGAAGCAAUUAACAUUCGUGUGGAAUUGGAAAAGAUUUUCUGCUACUUUGGUCCGCCCAGUAUCUUUCACUCUGACAAUGGACGUGAGUUUGUGAACAAAUGCCUACAUGAAAUGCUAGAGUCAUGGCCAUCAGAAGUGCAAAUAAUACAAGGGAGACCACGACAUCCUCAAAGUCAGGGCAUGGUGGAACAAGCCCACAUCAACGUGGAGACUAAAAUAGCAGCCAAAAUAACAGAAUUAUCUGAAAAUGAAUCUGCAGAAUGGAGCAAGUGGCUGCCACAUAUUUGUUGUAGGCAACUUGACUUUCAGUUGUAUAAUUAUAAAAAUAUAACUUGCAUGAAAACCUACCAUGUAUACUGUGUAUUUCUUAUAAUAGAUGCCAUCAAUACUCAGAACCACAGUGCUACUGGUAUAUCACCGUAUGAAUUGGUCUUUGGUCAGCGCCCUCCUUCUGCAAUCAUCCCAACCACAGGAAAAUCUUCUAUUAUACAUGAUCCAAACUUGGAUAACAACGAGGACAUAGAUUUCCAUUCACUGCCAACAGAUGAACAGCAAAAGCACAUGGUAGCUAAAGGGGGAAAUACAGAUGAUGCAGAUCUGCCUAACACAAAAACUGAUAACGCUGAACUUUCUGCAGCUGUGGAAUUAGAAGAGGAAAAUGUUAACCAAGUUGCUACUGACAAUGAAGAAGAUGAUUUUGUUACAACAAUGAACCGUCAUAAGAAAGUGCGUCAACCUGCAUCGAAAAACAUUAAAUGCGCUCAAAAUAUCAUGAAAGUCAGGUUUGAGAAAAAACACAAAUCUAGGAAAGCAUACUUUGUUGUUGGAGAUAACGUUUCUGUCCGCAUUCCACCAAAGGAUAGGACAAGCACAGACCUACUUCGUUUGCCAUGCGUGGUUAUUGAAGUGACAGGUGAAAAAAUGAAAUACUAUAAACUUUUAUCUGAGUUUGGGGUGCUGAAUUGUACUUACAGAGCUGGUGACUUGGAAAAGUAUGAAGGUCACUUUGACAUAAAUGUGGAAGAAGCAGAAAAUAAGUGUAUUUCUCUGCGAAGUGCAAGCAUUAUGACAAACAGUAGAAACAUCACAAAGACAGCCUCAAGGUGCAUGUGCCACACGUCUUGCCUCAUUGGAAAAUGUAGGUGUCUUAAAAGAAAAAGAACAUGCUCUUCAAAAUGCCACCCUGAACAAAGUUGCAAUAACAUGGAAACAAAAAUAAAGAAGAUAAGGCAAGUUGAAGCACCCGGAAAUGAUGCUUUACUUGCACCUUCGUUUGGUGGUAAUGUUGAAAUUGAUGGGACAUUCACAACAUUACAAAACACAUGUCCUGUUGACACAUGGCUAGCAUUAUUGAAAGUGGUACUAUGCUGUUCGUCUAGCAUGAAAGAACAAACACAAAAGGCCUGUGGAGAAAAAACAAAAAGGCUAUUUGAUUUCAUUGAUCAAAACAAGUAUUUAGAAGCCAAACUUCAAGUAGCCAAUGACCAUAAUAUUGCUCCACUGAAUAACAUCAUAAAUUUUUUUAGAGAUGAACAUUUUUUAAUAAAAACCUACUUAGGACCAAACAUACAGCAUCUAAUCCAAUCAACCUGUGACAGUCCAUUUUGUCCACAGGCAUUCGCAGAAACAAACCAAAGUGAAAUCCCAACUAUUAACUUCAAUAAUCAUGAUGAUACAGAAUGGGUUGCACCAAGUAUCUUUACAUCUGAAGUACAAUCAUGGUUUAUCACUAGAAAUACUUCCAAGUGUGGAAAAAGAUUGGCUAAGCCAACUGAAGAGGAGAAAUACAUGUUUUGGGAUGAAAACAAAACAAAUAACUCCUGGUAUCCAUGCUGUAAUGGUUCAAAAACAUCUGGAGAUCGAAUUUUUCGUCAGGUUCCAGCGUUGUUGCCAAUUAAUGUUGAAACUGCCAUGUAUGACAGAAGAAUUGACACUAGUUCAAUGCCAAAAGAUUUAAUUUUAGACAUCAAUGAUAUUUCAUGCAGUUUUAGGCUAAUUGGACUUUCACUUUGGAAUGCCCAACAUUACACUGCUAUGGCUUUAUACAAUGAUACAUGGCAUUUAUAUGAUGGUAUAAAAUCACCUAACUUUUUACCAUGUACUGAACAUUUUGAAGCAGUAUACAGACCAACAUACUGUCUAUAUGCAUUGACAAAUUCACAUUCUGAAACACAAAAGCUACAAGAACCCAAUACUAAUGGUGUAGAUGAUUGCUCUGAUACAGAUAUGCUUAAAGCUGCAAUGAUUUUGGAAACACUUUCAGCAGAGACUCGAGUAUAUGAAGACACAACACCCCUAGUACAAGACAAACCAGUGGAUAUUGUUGAAAGUGAAGCAAAUACAGGUACACUACAAGCUUACCGUGACAUGGAUGAACAUAACAAGCGUAAAAUGCUGUUAUCUUGGUUUGUUGGAUCCGAGAAUGCCUCCCUUAUUGUUAGCGAAAGUGAAGAACCAGAUACUACAAUGCUUCCUAAAUCUGCAAGAAACCUUCCCGACUCUAUUCGCGACUCAAUCAUAGCAACUAAUAUUUUAAAAAAAAUUGCGAAACCAGAAUUUAUUUUGCACAUUGAUAACUUAGUAGCACAAAAGCAGAGAAGUAAACAAUGGAAAUGUGGGAUAUGCCAAAAAAAUAUUGGGAAUGAACGAUGCAUUGCAUGUGACAGAUGCUUAAUGUGGAAUCAUUUUCGUUGUACGAAACUAAAAAAAAAGCCACACAGCAACUGGUUUUGCACAAUAUGCAUAGAAGACGUGGCUCCUUCAGACAAUUCAGAUGACGAGAAUCCUAAGACAGAAGAAUGGAACAGGGUGCUUGGGAAUCUGAACAAGAAUGGCAUUUUAAAAACAAUUUUAAGAAAAUCGCUAAAUCGCCGAUUAAAUCCACUGCUUGCACAGAAAUCUGGCGGAGCGUAUCAGGUGGCUGCUAACAUGGAGAAGCUGAAAACAGACGACCCAGAAUUGGCUAAGGAAUUGGAUAAUUUCCUCAAAAGUUCAUACAGCUCAGAAUGGUCUGAAUUCUGCCACAAAUUCAUAAAAACAAACUUUCCAGACACAUUACCAUUUGGGAAAAAAUAUUGUGAUACACUAUUAUACAUAGUUGUUAAACUUUUUUCAUUGCUAUGAACAAUGAGCUAGAUAUCUAAACUAGACAGAUUAUUUUGACAAGUCUUGCAUCCUUUGUUUUCUUCUCUUUUUGUUCUUUUAGCUAUUACAUCUUUGUUACUUUCUGGCAAAAGUCCUAUAAUAAAUUCAAUGAGUGUUUGUUUGCCCCCAAAUGUGAUGUCAUUAUCUAGCCCUUAUAACUUGUAGUAGCUAAUUUUAAAAAAAGAUUAUAAAGUUGUUCUUUCUGAAGAAAAGGUUUAUUAUCAAGGUUCUUUAUCCAUUUGACUACCCCAAUCCCCCAGCUAGCCAAGCUGCAUAUCUUUAAUUUCUUUUGUACUGAGAUAAAGUUUCAUACCAAACGUACCUGAUAUAAUAUGUCAGCUUUUUAAAUUAGGAAGAAAAUUCAACAGUUUAUGGUAUUGUAGAACUUAUAUAGUCUAAAAUUUUACUUGUUCAAUGGCCUUCUCCACGCGUUCUAAGAUUGGGCAUGUGCGUCAGAAGAUUGGAUGGGCCCGUCUUAAGACCGGCCGCCAAUUUGUCACUGUCCGAAGAUUGGCCAGGCCAGUCUUAAGACAGGGCGCGUUCCAAGAUUGGGCAGAACAAUGCCAUGUACUACUUUACGUGCAUGGGGUAUUUUUACAAACAAUAUUGUAAUUUAUUAUGUAUUUUUCUUACCUUCCACCAGUUUUGUCAGCAAAAGUGCAAAUAGGAGACCAGUCAGUGGUGAGAUAGAUGUAACAGCUUUAGAAGCGUUUUAUAAUACCCUCCUGUAAUAAAAAGAAAUCUCAUAAUAAACAACAACUAACUAUAUAACACAACAUAGGCAUUGGUAACAACAGCUGUUGCAUUUUUUUGUAUAAAAUCUUUGAUCUUUAAAGAUAAAACCAUUUAACAUCAUGCUUGAAAAACUGAUAUCAUUUGUGGGAAUUGAUGACAAGUGAAGAAUAAAAACAGUUUCAGAAACCGUCAAAGUACUGCCUAUACAAUGAUGCCUUUAAAGUGCAGCGCAAAGCUAAAAAGUAUAUAUAAGAAGUCAUUAAUUAACAAAAAGAAGUCAAUAAAUUAAUAGUUAAUAUAUAUAUAGUAAAUGCUUUUGUGUUUGUAUAUACCUCUAGAACCUCAAGCUUUGUGUUUUACAGUAGCAAUUAUGUAGACUUAUUUCUUCUCUUGGCUUUCACCUUUGCCCC